UUGUGUUCUUCUCCGGCUGAAAAAACACCUAAAGACUAAAGGAAAUGGCAGGUGAGGUGACGAAGCUGUUGUAUAUAGUAGUAAUAGACGAUGAGGAGAAAAGAGAGGAAGGUAAAGAGUCGUUCAGGUAUACGCGUCCUGUUCUUCAGAGCACACUGCAGCUUAUGGGAUGCAAACCCCGACAAGCGUUUAAGAUUAGCGGAGUAGUCUUUAAAUUGAUAAGAAGUGAAUGGAUAGGCGAUAAUUUGGUUCCGGUGGAUAGAGAGCUGUCAAGACAGGAUGAUUCAAAAGGACUUUAUCCGAACGAGGCCAAUAACUAUAUUGAUGCAUGCUUAGAUAAAGUGGAUGAUAGAAGUAAGAGCAAGCCAUUUGAGUUAUACAAAAAGCGGACUACCGUGGUUGUCAGAAGAGAAACUUUUCUUGAUGUCGUUUGCAAUGCUCUAACUGAAUACAAAUAUAUGGGACCCAACCAGAGAGCUGACUUAGCUUUAGCUUGCAGGAUCCGGGAAAGAAAAGAUUCUGUUACCGUGCUAUUAUGCGGGACUAGUGGCUGUGGAAAAUCAACCUUAUCUGCGCUGCUGGGAAGCAGAUUGGGAAUAACAACUGUAGUGUCUACUGACUCCAUCCGACAUAUGAUGAGGAGUUUUGUAGAUGAAAAGCAAAACCCUCUACUUUGGGCUUCAACCUACCAUGCUGGGGAAUAUUUGGAUCCAAUAGCUGUUUCUGAAGCAAAGGCAAAACAACAUAAAGCAAAUAAGCUAGCUGGUAUUUCAACCCCUCCACUGCAAAAAAAAGAUGGUGUAAAUGGUGUGGCAGUUGGAAAAUCACCUCUUGAGGUUAUAUCAAGCGCGGUUGAUGUGAUUAGUUCCAAACAAAUGGCAAUUGAAGGAUAUAAGGCACAGAGUGAGAUGGUAAUUGAUAGCCUUGAUCGAUUAAUCAUUGCAUGGGAAAAAGGGAAAGAAUCAGUGGUCGUGGAGGGCGUUCAUCUGAGCCUUAACUUUGUCAUGGGACUAAUGAAGAAGCACCCCUCGAUUAUACCUGUUAUGGUCUACAUUGCGAAUGAAGAGAAACAUUUAGAACGGUUUGCAGUACGUGCAAAGUACAUGACUCUGGAUCCUGCAAAAAACAAGUACGUUAAAUAUAUACGCAACAUUCGGACAAUACAAGAAUACCUCUGUAACCGAGCUGAUAAACAUUUGGUGCCAAAGAUUAAUAACACCAAUGUUGAUAAAAGUGUGGCCGCUAUUCAUGCGACGGUUUUCAGCUGCUUACGGAGGCGAGAGGCAAGGGAACAACUUUAUGAUCCAAUUACCAACACAGCUUCCAUCAUUGAUGAGGAAUACAGGAAUCAGUGUGCCGCCAAUUGCAUUAGCUCUAAGGGGAUGUAUCAACUGAUUCAGAGACAAGGUUCUUCUAGGCAGUUGAUGGCUCUUGUGAAUGAUGAAGGAUCGGUAGCAACGGCUUGGCCAGUUUACACAUUAGGUAUUGAUGGAAAGACUAUUCUCGACCCUUCCUUUGCUGAUGGAAAAGCGACACCUGUGUAUGGACCACUCCAUAUUGGUAAAGCUGAACCUAUUAAUCUGCAAUUUGGCCAAUUUGGGAUUAGUGCUUGGCUCAAUGAUACUGGUGGCGGUAUAAGUCACGCCGGUAGUUUUGAUGAAUCAAGGGGAGAUCUGACAGACAAUAGCAGUAGGUAUUUUUCUUCUUGCUGCGCCUCUCCAAGGUUUUCUGAAGGACAUGCGAAGGAGCUCAAAGAGGAACAAUCUGUACAUGGUAGUGAUGAUGAUGAAGAGGUAGAUGAGCCACCUGAGAUAGACAGUGAUGAGGAUCUUACUGAUGAUGGCUUCGUACAAAUAGAGGGGGAGUUGGAUGGCUCAGUGGAUGAGGACUAUACCCAAUCAGAUGAAGAGUAUGAUGAUCUUGCUAUGCUUGAUAUUCAAGAAUAUGGUUAUUCGACUGAUGAUGAUGACAAAGACAUAUAUAAUAAAUUCGAGUCGAAUAAAAAGACAAUUCUACUUUCAGGAGACCAGCUACCUGAUGAAAGUUACGAAAUAGAAGAACAGAAGUAUAAGCAGAAUACUGAUCACUUCAGAAGUAAAAGUGAAAUGCUGUUCGAAUCACCUCCAGAUUUCUAUUCUUCUUUCCUUGGAGAGAAGAAUGAGAAGAAAGUUUCAGUUUUUGCAACCCAUGGACAGUAUGGUGCCUUUACAAAUGUUUACAGUUUUUCAGAAGCAAUACCUAGGUAGUAGUUUUGCCAAUCUCUCUUUAUCUUUGUGAUUUUAUCCAAUAUCCUUAUUUUUUAAGUUUUGUGCUCAAUUGUUGGAAUGGAUGUCACCUCUUUGUAAAA